UGAGCGUGCAGCCACAUGAUAAAUGUAGUCCUAAAGUAUAAAUGUAAAGCAAACAUAUUUUUAUGGAAGAUAUUAUAUUUGAGUGGUUUUGGAUUCCACAGUAAAUAAUAUACUAUCAGCGAAAAAUACAUUUAAUUUUUCAAAAGAGUUUCUCGUUUACUAACGUAUUGGUGUGACCAUCCAAUCAGCUUUGUUCAUAUCUUCUCGCGGUUCGAGUUCAAAAUACACAGAGCAACCAGCAUGAAAAGGACAACGACCCAGUCCAGUGUUGUUUAACUUUGACAAAAAAUAUACAUAUUUUAUCAAGAAAGUUGUUGAAGAAAAAAUAGAUACCUAGCUAUCUAACAGGCUAGCUAGUUGACUUACAGAAACAAAAUGGCAGAAGGUGGAGAGGCAGACUGGGAACUUUGCAAAGAGAACAUCCAGCCCUUGAAGAAAGGUCGGGCCAUAUCAGUUUUACACCAGGCACUCAGUCAACAGCAAGAGGGUUCGAGCUCUGCCACCAACCAACACAAACAGGCUUUUGAGUCUGAACUGAGAGUGUAUGAUGGAGAUGACCCCCUUGAUGUUUGGGAUCGGUAUGUUAAAUGGACAGAGCAGACCUAUCCACAGGGAGGAAAGGAGAGUAACCUUAAUGUGCUUUUGGAGAGAGCUGUGAUGCGCUUCACAGAGGAAAACAAAUAUCACAAUGACAGCCGUUAUGUUGACCUAUGGAUCAAAUUUGCGGAGAGCGGUCACGAGCCUUUGGAUAUCUACACAUAUAUGCGAGCCCAGGGAAUAGGAGUACAACAGGCUUCCUUCUACAUUGCCUGGUCUGAGGAGUAUGAGAAUCAGGGUAACUCUCGAACAGCAGACAGUGUCUACCAGGAGGGCUUCAAGCGUGGGGCUGAACCUCUGGAGAAACUCCUGCAGUUUCACAAGGCUUUGCAGGCGCGUGUGUCCCGGCAGGUGAUGUCUGGAAUGGUGAAUGACGAGGAGGAGGAAGCUGAGGCAGCAAAGCCUGAGCGGGUUUCUCUGGUGGAUCUAAAACACAGGGGGAAGAAAAAGGCUGUUGCACCCAUUAGUAGAGUUGGUGCAGCACUGAGCAGUAAUUCACGAAGCCUACAGUUACAAGGCCCACCAGCUCUGGCCAGCAGUGGUCAAAACAGUCGCCUUGUGAUCUUUGAUGAGAACAAGGCUGUCAGUGCUGAGCCCUCUGAACCAAAGUUGGAAUCUUGGAUGGCCCCACCCCCAUCGAGAUCCAAGGAGAACGAGCAGAGGCCUGAGAAAUGGAGCAACGUAAAGAUGCCAAUGAAGUCCAGGUUUGGUCACAGUGUUGUGGCUCUGCCCAUCAAGCCAAACUUCCAGCCCUUUGUGGAGGAGUCGGAUCAGCCUCCAGCUAUGACACCGUGUAAGAUCAACCCAGCUGUGAAUUCAGUGUUGUCUGCACGAAAGCCCUGCAGGGAUGAGACUCCUCUGAAGAGACUGCAGCAACAGCAGCAGGAAGAGGGGAAAGCUCUGGAGCAUAGCAUGUACUGCAAGGAGCUGCUGCUCAGUGGCGCCUCCGAGUUCUGCUUUGAGGAACUGCGGGCUGAGCGCUACCGACAGAAGAAGGCAGGGGGCAGUGGCAAGGAAGAGCAAGCGGUCUCUGGUCUUCCAAACUGACACAUUUCCACAAGGACAUGUUCAGUGUUUUAUCAUUAGGUAGCAGACUAUCAGUGUCAUCAUGUAUGUAUUUUAGCGUUUGUGUAUAUAAACAGUUUGAAACUUGUCCCCUGUGGGAGUCAAACCCACAACCCUGGUGUUGCAAGCGUCAUGUUCUACUAACUGAGCCAGACGGGACCACUAAUAACACACUAUGUAUCUGUCUUUCCUCUUUAUUAUUUAUUUGUCUGCUUCAUGUAACCUCCCAGUGGAAUGAACCUUUCAGUGGUGUAGGCAGGGUGUGAGAAUGACUGAGAAAUCCAAAGGUGAGAAUGACAGGGUUCAAUUCAUAUCGAUGCAUAGCUGUCACUCCUGUGUAUAUAUACAGUACCAGUCAAAAGUUUGGACACACCUACUCAUUCAAGGGUUAUUGUUUAUUUUUGCUCUUUUCUACGUUGUAGAAUAAUAGUGAAAACAUCAAAACUGAAAUAACACAUGGAGUCAUGUAGUAACCUAAAUCGUCAACAUACACUACUGUUCAAAAGUUUGGGGUCACUUAAAAAUGUCCUUGUUUUUGAAAGAGAAAAAAGCAUAUUAUAUGUCCAUUAAAAUAACAUAAAAUUGAUCAGAACUACAGUGUAGACAUUGUUAAUGUUGUAAAUGACUAUUGUAGCUGGAAAUGGCAGAUUUUUAAAAAUGGAAUAUCUACAUAGGUGUACAGAGGUCCAUUAGCAACCAUCACUCCUGUGUUCCAAUGGCACGUUGUGUUAGCUAAUCCAAGUAUCAUUUUAUAAGGCUAAUUGCGCAGAAAACUCUUUUGCAAUUAUGUUAGCACAGCUGAAAACUUGUUCUGAUUAAAGAAGCAAUAAAACUGGCCUUCUUCCGACUAGUUGACUAUCUGGAGCAUCAGCAUUUGUGGGUUCGAUUACAGGCUUCACAGAACAGCGCAAACUGGCUGUAACCAGAAUAGAAAGAGGAGUGGUGAACUCCGGUGCACAACUGAGCAAGAGGACAAGUACAUUCGUGUCUAGUUUGAGAAACACGCCUCACAAGGCCUCAACUGGCCGCUUCAUUAAAUAGUACCUGCCAAACACCAGUCUCAAUGUCAACAGUAAAGCGGUGACUCCGGGAUGCUAUUUCAUAGUUUUGAUGUUUUCACUAUUACAAUGUACAAAAUAGUAAAACUAGAGAAAAACCUGGAAUGAGUAGGUAUGUCCAAACUUCUGACUGAUUCUGUUGGUUUAAAUGUACCCCCACAGGUCUUGUGGUAAUUGUUGCCUGAUGAACUGGAGCUUGUCAUAUGACUCACUGUCAGUACAGGGCAUGCAUAAGGAGUUCUAGACCGCAGAGUUCAAAUAUGGGCUACUUUGCAUGUUUUUCAUCUGAGGUUAUUUGAACCUCUAAUUGAAUAUGAGAUGAGUAUUUGUAUUUAUUUGAUAUGGAUCCACAUUAGCUGCUGCUACUCUUCCUGGCAUCCAGCAAAAUGAAGGCAGUUAUACAAUUUCAUAAACAUUACAAUUACAUUCAUAACAGAUUUCACAACACUGUGUGCCCUCAGGCCCCUACCCCACUACCACUUAUCUACGACACAAAAUCCAUGUGUACGUGUGUGUAUAGUGCAUAUAUUAUCAUGUGUAUGCAUGUGCCUAUGUUUGUGUUGCUUUACAGUCCUCGUAGUUCCAUAAGGUGUAUUUGAUUCUACUGCUUGCAUCAGUUACCUGAUGUGAAAUAGAGUUCCAUGUAGGCAUGGCUCUAUGUAGUACUGUGCGCCUCCCAUAAUCUGUUCUGGACUUGGGGACUGUGAAGAGACCUCUUGUGGGGUAUGCAUGGGUGUCUGAGCUGUGUGGUAGUUGUUUAAACAGACAGCUCGGUGCUUUCAACAUGUCAAUACCUCUCACAAAGUAGUGAUGAGGUCAAUCUCCUCCACUUUGAGCCAGGACAGAUUGACAUGCAUAUUAUUAAUGUUUGCUCUCUGUGUACAUCCAAGUGCCAGCUGUGCUGCCCUGUUCUGAGACAAUAGUAAUUUUCCUAAAUCCCUCUUUGUGGCACCUGACCAUACGACUGAACAGUAGUCCAGGUGUGAAAAAAUUAGAGCCUGUAGGACCUGCCUUGUUGAUAGUGCUUUUUAAGAAGGUAGAGCAGCGCUUUAUUAUGGACAGACUUCUCCCCAUCUUAGUUACUGUUGUAUCAAUAUGUUUUGACCAUGACAGUUUACAAUCCAUGGUUACUCCAAGCAGUUUAGUCACCUUACCUUGCUCAAUUUCCACAUUAUUUAUUGGGAGAUUUAGUUGAGGUUUAGGGUUUAGUCAAUGAUUUGUCCGAAAUAUAAUGCUUUUCAUUUUGAAAUAUUUAGGACUAACUUAUUCCUUGCCACCCAUUCUGAAACGAACUACAGCUCUUUGUUCUGUGUUGCAGUCAUUUCAGUUGUCAUCCGCAUACAUCGGCACUCAAAGCCAGUGGCAUGUCGUUAGUAAAGAUUGAAAAAAGUAAGGGGCCUAGACAGCUGCCCUGGGGAAUUCCUGAUUCUACCUGGCUUCCAUUAAAGAACACCCUCUGUGUUUUGUUAGACAGGUAACUCUUUAUCCACAAAAUAGCAAGGGGUGUUUUCUUUUAGCAGAUAAUGUCAAAAGCAGCACUGAAGUAUAACAAAACAGCCACCAUAAUAUUUUUAUCAUAAAUUUCUCUCAGCCAAUCAUCAGUCAUUUGUGUGAGUGCUGUGCUUGUUGAAUGUCCUUUCCUAUCAGAGUGCUGAAAGUCUGUUGUUAAUUUGUUUACUGUAAAAUAGCAUUGUAUCUGGUCAAACACCAUUUUCCCCAAAACUUUACUAUGGGUUGGUAACAGGCUGAUUGGUCGGAUAUUUGAGCCAGUAAAGGGGGCUUUACUAUUCUUAGAUAGCGGAAUGACUUUUGCUUCCCUCCAGGCCUGAGCGCAUACCCUGCUGGCUUGUUGCUAGACAACAAUAAUUUUUUCACUUCUUCCACACUAACUUUACGGAAUUCAAAAUUACAAUUCUUGUCUUUCUGAAUUUGGUCAGAUAUACUUGGAUGUGUAGUGCCAAAGGGUGUUCUCUGUUGCUGGCAUGUCAUGGCUAAGUUUGCUAAUCUUGCCAAUGAAAAUAUCAAUAAGGUAGUUGGCCAUAUCAGUUGGUUUUGUGAUGAAUGAGCCAUCUGAUUCAAUGAAUGCUGGAGCUGUGCCUUUUUUACCAAAAUUUUGUUUAAGGUGCUCUAAAGCUUUUAUCUUUGUCUCAUAAUGUAGUUUAUUAUUUUUAUUCAGUUUAGUCACAUGAUUUCUCAAUUUGCAGUACGUUUGCGAAUCGGUUGUGGAGCCAGACUUAUGCCUCAUCCCUCUCAACCAUAAAAUUGUUCAAUUCCUCAUUGAGUAUACUGCUCUACACAAGCCCUUGUUGGAGGCUAAAGGAGUAAACACUCUGCAACGAGCUGCACUGUCAAACUGCCAUAAACUAACUCAGUUCACUAUAUUUGAUGAGGCCACAUAUAUCUUAAUUAUUAAAAUGAAAAUAUGACAUUCUCUAA